UAGAAAACGAAUUUUUUUUAAGAAGAGCUUUUUCUUUUUUUUUUUUGAAAGCAAGGAAGAAUACUACUGUGAAAUAAGGCAGCAAAAGGAAAGGAAAGGAUAGGAUUUGUAGCGUUCAAGAGGGCGCUUAACUAUCUCAGAAAUAGCAGUAAUUAAUUUUUGAGGAAAAAAUGGCGGCAGCAGCAGCAUCAGCUUCCAUGUCGGCCACCGCCGUGUUGAUUCCACGUGUUCCUGCAGCCGUUAGAACAACCCGCUGUUCCGCCUUGCCGCCUCUCCCUCCUCGCGUUUCCACCACUUCCUUUUCCUCGUCCGUUAAGCUAACUCCAGAAUCCCGCAGGUUUCCUUUUCUCCAAACAAAAGCAACAGAGGACACCUCUGUCGAUACCGGGGAGCUUUUUGAUGACUUGAAAGAAAAGUGGGAUAAAGUUGAGAACAAGACCACGGUUCUUCUUUAUGGUGGUGGGGCAAUAGUUGCCGGUUGGCUAUCAUCUAUUCUUGUUGGUGCCAUUAACUCAGUGCCUUUGCUUCCAAAGAUAAUGGAGUUGGUUGGACUCGGAUAUUCAGGAUGGUUUGUCUAUAGAUACCUUCUCUUCAAGUCAAGCAGGAAAGAACUAGCUACGGAUAUUGAGGCACUGAAGAAGAAGAUUGCUGGAACUGAAUAGAUGUACAGGAUUGGCAAUGGCAUGCUAAUCUGGCCUUCUUGUAUCCUGUAAAAUAGACAUCUUUAUCCUGUAAUUGUAGGGAUUCCUUGUAUGAAUUCUUGUCACCUUUAUAUUUCCCCUGUUCCUGGAAUAAAACUUGUCAAUUUUAUGCGCA